GUGGAUUGCUCUCGCCCGCUGUGAUGUCUCGACGCGCGACGCCAUCCCAGGCUGCUCAGAACCAGCAGACCAUCAAGAACCUGCUCAAACUCGAGUACAACAAGACCUGUGCCGACUGCAAGCGCAACAAACAUCCGCGAUGGGCCUCCUGGAACCUCGGAAUCUUUAUCUGCAUCCGCUGCUCGGGCAUUCACCGGGGAAUGGGUACCCAUAUCAGCCGCGUGAAAUCCGUGGAUCUCGAUGCCUGGACCGAUGAACAACUGCAGAGCGUGCUGAGAUGGGGCAAUGGAAGGGCCAACAAAUAUUGGGAAGCGAAGCUGGCGCCUGGUCAUGUUCCCUCGGAAGCGAAGAUCGAGAAUUUCAUCCGGACCAAGUACGACUCGAAGCGAUGGGUGAUGGACGGCCCAAUGCCCGACCCUUCAACGCUAGAUACCGGUGAUGACGAUGUGCCUCUUGCGGUCGUUCAAGAAAAGGCGAAGCUUGAGCGCUCGGCGUCUCAACGAGUGGCCACCUCUAGCCAACCCCCCGCGCCUCAACGCCAGCAACCCGCCAUCGAUCUCUUUGGCGAUGACAUCUCGCCUCCGGUGCGCCCGAGCACGACAGAACCUACACCCCGAGCUGCGCCGAAACCCCAACAACCGCCGCCGCAGGCUGCCCCCAAGCCUCAACGACCGGGCGAUUCGUUGCUUGGGCUGGAUUUCUUCGGCAGCACCCAACCGGCUCCCAGCAGCCGUCCGGCGAGCACGGCAUCCACACCGACCAACCCGACUGGCAUGUCCCGACCUGAUUUGAAGCAAUCCAUCCUUUCUCUCUACUCGAAGCCUCAGCCUGCUCCGGCGCAGCAUGAACGGACCUCCUCGUUCGGCGAUCUGGCAUCCCCUGCACCGCAGUCCGGGUCUUCCAUGGGUGGUCUCACCGAUGCAUUCAGUGGAUUGAGCUUCCCGUCCACCACGUCUCCUCCGCCUCCCAAACCCGCCGAGAAGCCCUCGCCUUUUGCCAACCUGACCAGCUUUGCCAAGUCGACACCGGCCGCGCCCAAGGUCUCGUCUCCUACCGCUUCCGCUGCUGGUGGAGGCAGCUUGUUCGACAGUCUCACGUCUCCCACGAUCCCGCCGGCCAAGCCCCAAUCUCGCACCACGUCGAUUUCAUCCAACGGGUUCGACUCGGGAUUCGGCGGCUUUGCGUCCCCCCCGCCCACCAAGCCGAAGCCGCCGCCAUCGUCGUCUCUGUCAAACGACCUGCUCGGCCUGUCAUCCCCACCCCCAGCGCCAGCUGCGAAGUCGCCAUCUCCACCCGCGGCCGUCGCCUCCCCGCAGCAGGAGCUAAGUUCCGCUUUCAACAUCAGCGCGCCCCCUCCUCCUAAGCCACAAGCCCCGGCCGCGUCCACCGCAUCCAUCGCAAGCGCUCUGCCAGCCAUGGACCCCUGGGGCGGCAACGCUUGGUCCACCCCUGACCCGGCACCCCCGGCCCCCUCUACAUCCACCACUGCGGCCUCGAUGAUGAAGGUACCGGAUACCCUGACCGCCAACGACAUCGGUGCCGGCUGGGGUGCGCCGUCUCCGUCGGCGUCCAGCUCCAAGCCCGCCCCCACGGUGGCCGCAGACGAGGACUUUGGCGGAUGGGCCAGCGCAGCGCCCGUGUCAUCGAGCACCACGGCGACGAGUUCGACUAAACCGGCAGGCGGGUUUGGUGGCGCUGAUGAUUUAUUCUCUAAUGUUUGGGAGUAGAUGGGCCUUUUCCGUUCGUUUCCUGAGCCUUCUUCAUGCCCUUGAAAAUGCACAUAUUUUGGUGUUAUUACCUAUUCUUAGACUUUCGCGCCAGAUCGCAAAUUUGACUUUCUUUAUUCAUCCUUUUAUUUCUUUUAAUUUUCCGGUUUACUGGUUUCAAUGGUAGGAAGGGGUAUCUCUUGUCUUCUGCUUAUGCGUUAUCUAUGUCUUUUUCUUGCGUGCGUUGGUUGGUCAUGACUUGAUUAAUUGCUUGCCUAUGCUUGUUAGGGUAGGGAACCUGAAGAGCGACCCCUUGGAUUGUAAAAUGGGUGGAGUGGAUUCAUGAACAACACGAUUGAAUGAUUGAUUUCUCUGUAUUUCGGAAGUCAUACCUCGUUUUCUGUAACUGUUUUCAUCUUAAGUUACUCUGAUUUACUUGCUUCUCAUAUUUGUGUUUUUAAAGCCUACUGCUCUAUUCUAACCCACUGAAUAGUUC